AUGUUCCCGAAUAUCGACAAUGACUUGGGUCUUCUAGCUGUAACACAAGCAUUGAACUCUCGCUCAAAUCAAUUUCCAUCAACUGAAUGCAUCGUCGAAGCUGUUAAAAUUUGCCUUGCACAUAACAACUCUAGCUUUAGGAAAGAGCAUUAUCUGAAGAUUCACGGAACAGCCAUGGGCCCGAAGAAUGCGUGUAGCUACGCGGAUCUCACGAUGGGCAUUAUCGAUGAACGAGCGAAAUCCGGUGAAAUUAAACCUAAUUUAUGGUGGCGUUACCGGGACGAUAUUUUCGAUCUCUGGACACAGGGUACUGCCAAACCACUCGAAUUUACUGAUUUCAUCAAUUCGUUGUACCCCACAAUUAAAUUUACGCUGGUUUACUCGGAAGUAUCACUAAAUGUUUUAGAUCUUACCCUCACGUUAGUUGAUGGCCUCAUUCAGACAGAUGUGUACUCGAAACCCACCGAUAAUCAUCUCUACUUACAACGAAAGAGUGCAUCAUUGCAUCAAAGUAAUCCCCUUAGGAGUAGCUACGAGAUUUAGAAGAAAUUGCUCAACAGAAGAAGAUUUUGAUAAACGUAGCAACGAAUAUCAAAAGUACUUAACAAGGAGAGGAUACCAUCCGAAUAAUGUACACAAGCAAUUCAACAAAGCGAAGUCCAUUUCCAGAGAGGAACUACUGCAACAUACCACGAGAGAGAAGAGAAUUUUAUUUCCGUUGGUUGUCGACUUCAACCCCAGGCUUCCCGAUAUAGGAAAAAUCCUGAAGAAACAUUUUCACCUUAUCCAAGAUUCACCAGAGUUAUAAGAGAUCUUUCCACCUAGAUCUAUAAUACCAUCCUUCAGAAGGUCAAAAACUAUCAAAGAAAUUCUUUCUAGGAAACGACGGCAGGAAACGAGCGGGGAUCAAAGUCCAAAGGGGUGUUAUAAAUGUGGAAAGAAGUGCGACUUUUGCAACAACUACAUGCAUGAGUCCAGUACAUUUGUCAGUAGUCAGACGGGGGUAAAGUACCCAACUAAAAAGAACAUUUGUUGCAAUUCUCAAAAUGUUGUAUACCUACAAUCAUGGCCAAAAACUUUGUGGACAGUACAAAAUUGUAGCAAAUUAUAUAAUACAUUUAGAUAUAUUGCAUAAUAUCUGUCAUACCCCCACACCCCCAUCUCAAUGUUGCAGUCCAAUAUGAUAUAUACAGAGUUGCCGAAGCGAAAACGAUUUCAACAUUGUUUUGGGGGAGUGGGGGCGUAAGUUAUAGCAUUAAAUCCAUCCUAAACGCAUAUGAGCCUACCUGUCCACAUGAUUUUGGCCAGGAUUGUCUGAAAAUUAUGUGUUCUUAAAAAUUGCUAAUUUUUACGUAAAAACGAGUGAAAAUACGAGAACUUUUGUUAUGAUGAUAUUAUUUAGGAUAUUUGUGAUCAAUUAAUAAGUUUUAUGUACAAUUUGAUUUAUUUUAUUGUACAGUAGGUAUAACCGAGGAUAUAAAUAUUAAUUUACCUGUGUUACAGGAUUUCAGGAGGUAUAACGUACAGAAGCACAAUCACGUGAAUGCGCGUGAUUAUAUUUAUAAAUAGCUCUAUAUCCAGUUAUGACUUCAUUUUAGUAUUUGUAACAAUAUACUAUUAAUAUUGCAAUAUGGCUGCGGUAGAUACAUGAAGCAGUCUCCGUAGUUCAGCAGUAAGAAGCGUAUACUUAGUAACUUAUAGUCGAGCUGAUUUGAGCAAAUUUCCGAAUCGAAGAGAUUUUGCUGAAGCACUCGUUACUUCGUUUGAGAAAGGUUCUGCUAAAGUGAAGCACUGGUGUUGUAGCAGAGAAAACCACGCGGAUGGCGCUAAACAUUAUCACAUGGUGUUGAAAUUGCAUAAGUCACAAAGAUGGCUGCAAUCCAAGAGGUUUCUCGAGGAAAAUUUUGCCAUAGAGGUAAAUUAUUCGAGUAAUCAUCAUAACUACUACAGUGCUUGGCGAUACGUCACAAAGGAGGACAGUAGCUAUGAAGAAAGUGAAUCACACCCAGAUCUUAAUAGCUAUAAAGAACCGAAGACCACCAACGCGAGCAUGGCCAAAAUACAAACUGGUCAAAAACGCAGUGCCGCAGUGCAGGGGAGAGGAAAUGUAUGCAAAGGAAAAAAGCGAUCUAAAAAAGAAAAGGAAAAGCGUUUGAGCGCAUUUGACGUCUCUGAAGUCAUUCUUAAAAGAAAUAUUAAAACAAUGACAGAGCUACACGCAUAUGCUCACGAACAAAGAGAGGAGGGAAAGACAGACUUAGUUCAGUUCAUCUUGUGCAAACCACCCAAAGCAAUUCAGGACUUGCUAGACACUACUUGGCGCAUGAAAACUGCCAAGGAAGUAUUAGAACGAUGUAAGAAAAGUCGAAUGGAAUUGUUUAACGAGGCGUCAAAGCAAGAUUGCCGAGCAGGAUGUAACGGUGUCUGGCUUCAGUGCGCAAAACAGAUUCUCGAGAACAAUGGAAUCGAUAAGAGGAAAUUUGGGCAAGCGGUUGUUGACCUAUUAAAAAAGGACGUGGGAAGCAUCGCAAUCUCAUGA